GUACUGCGCAGUAACAUCCAUUUUUGUACCACCCAGAAUCUAGGAACUAGCAGUCUCCUCGAACGAACUCGUCACUCGAGUUGUCUACUCUCAGCAGAAUUAUGUAUAUUGAACUCAAUAGGUAAUCUUGGUAGUGCGGUCAAGGCGAGUGGUUCUGUUGUUCUGAGUCAGGAAAACAUAUGUGCAAACAUAAAUGUAGAGCCAAUUAUAUUUAAGUUGACUGUGUGUUUCUUAAUUAAUUACAACAUGAAGAAUUGUGUGAUAAUUCUGUGUGGACUCCUUUUACAAAACUGCUUGGGUUUAGAAUACAACAGGGGACAGCGAUUUAAUUAUAAUACCAACACCGAUUUCUUACUGCAUGAAGGAGGUACACAAAUAUCUGGAAACCAAUCACCUACAAAUCAAAAUCAAAAUGGAGGCAAAUCAAGUUAUGCUGCUCAAUUUCCAGCACUUGGCCCCCCAAGCAAAUCACAAUCACAAACAAUUGCGUCCCAUAAUAUAAACGAUGGGCGUCAAACCAAUGCCCAAUCAUCCAACGGAAAAAGGGACUAUGUUGCGCCACAGUAUCCAACGGUUAAACCGACACAACAAGUUACCCAGCCCUCUGGAGGGAAUAGUCCCACUCCCAACGCAUGGCAAAUGCCAUCCAAUACUCAAAAUAGUGGCAGGCCUAAUUACGCUGCUCAAUUUCCGUCUCUUGGUCCGUCAUCCACAUCGCAAACGUCUAACAAUCAAAAUGUUGGACCGCAACGUAAUACUCAGUCAUCGAACGGAAAACGAGACUAUGUUGCUCCUCAAUAUCCAACAGUAAAACCAAAUCAACCAAGUACUCAACCUACUGGAUCAGGGGGAAAGGUGAAAGAUCUCAUCAACUUCUAUGAUAGCCAAGCCAAUAAAAAUCCAAGCCAAGGGGGGACAUUUAGUUAUAGUUCAAUUUUACAAGGUAAUAACAAAAAUGGACCAAAUCCAACAGCGACAGUACCGUCAACACCUAUGACUUCAUCAAUCCAUACGCCAAAACCAUUUAGCACGGUUGUAGCUGGUAACAAACCUAGCACACUUUCUACAUUUACGACUCCUACACCUACAACGCGAAUCCCCAGCACCCCCAUGGCUCGACCAGGAACCCCUGUACUACCAAGUACUAUAGUUAACAACAACAGAGGAUCCACAAACACGAACUCCAACGGUGUCACUGAUGCUGAAUUAGAAGUACUAAGCGAGGAGUUAUUAAGAAAGGAUACUAAUAAUGCUGCUAGAUACAUAACGGUCAACUAUCAGGAAAAGACUACAUCGCAAUCAACGGAGGAUAAGGCACCUCUUCCAUUGAUCACCGUAGCCCCUGAAGUAUGGAACAUUCCAACGAUUCAGAAAUUCGUUCCAUUAUUGGAUAAUUACGAGAGAGACACAUUGGUUAAUGAACAUGUAACAGCUCAGGAGAGAACCGAGGAGAAUGCUUUCAUGGAUGCUGUAAUGUCUACGUCUGUGAUAAGGCAUUUAAUGACAUUCUUGAAAAAUAAAGGCUAUGUGACACCAGACCCAAGGCAACAAAGAGACUUUCUAAAGCAGAUAUGGUUCAGUUUGUACUCCCGAGGAAGAGGAAAAAUUAGCAGUUCUGGAUUCGAACAUGUGUUUGUAUCUGAACUGAAGAACGGAGGUGUUUCGGGUUUACAUAACUGGAUUUAUUUCUCCAGAGAAGAACUAGCAAACAGAGUUAAUUAUCUGGGAUAUUUGAAAUAUGAAUUGCUCAACGAUAAAGGAGCUGUCAUGAAGAUUCAUUUCAAUCAGCAAGGUGUGGACAAACCUGUGAACAGCCUGUUUGUUGGAACUUCACCGGAGUUAGAAAUGGCACUAUAUACACUCUGCUUUGUGACACGUGUGGACAACGACUGUAAACUAAAACUGGCAAACAAAGAUGUUAACAUUAUAACAUACAAUUUCCGUUAUCGUAGCAAAAAUUUGAUUGGAAGCGCAUAUCCUCAGAUAUAAAGAAAUGAAGUCAAUAAUUAUAGUUAAAAUACUUAGUUAAGAUUUUAUAAACAUACAUCAUUAUUUACAUAUUAAAAUAAAUAUUCAACUUACUACUUUAUUUUAAACGGCAAUCAGUUUUUUUCGAAAAGUGAAAAUUAUCACCACCAGAAGGUACGUUGUCAUAUAUGCACCUAACAGUGGCCAGCAUAAUGAUGCUGACAAAUUAUUGAAUUUGUAACCGACUUAAAAAUAAACAUAUUUUUUAACAAA